AUGGGGGACCAAGCAUAUCAAAUUUUGCAAAAAGAACUUUUUGCUACUGUAGUUAAAAUGAGUAUCAUGGUUGGCGUUUCUUAUUUUACCAUUUCUUGGUUUCUUAAAAAAUUAGACAUAAAUGGAAAUAGAGGAGAGGCAGCAAAGAAAAAGGCAGCUUUUCAGUUGAAAAAAAUUGGAAAAACUGAGUUAAAGCUAACAGAACAUGAAUUGAUGAUAGCCAGUCAUUUAAUAGCACCAAGUGAAAUCGAUGUAAGUUGGAAAGAUGUUGGAGGUUUAGAAAAUGUUUUAGAUGACAUUGUUGAAACUGUCAUAUUUCCUAUCACGAAAAGCAAAUUAUUAGGAAAUUCAAAACUUACAAGGCCACCUAAAGGUGUUUUACUUCAUGGUCCCCCAGGAUGUGGUAAAACAUUAAUAGCCAAGGCCACUGCAAAGGAAGCCAAAACCUCAUUUAUAAAUUUAGAUAUAUCUAUAUUGACAGAUAAAUGGUAUGGAGAAUCUCAGAAACUUGUUUCAGCUUUGUUUUCUUUAGCAUCCAAACUUCAACCAUGUAUUAUUUUCAUCGAUGAAAUCGAUUCUCUGUUGAGGUCUAGAACUUCACGAGAUCACGAAGCGACUGCCAUGAUGAAAGCUCAAUUUAUGUUUUUAUGGGAUGGUCUCAUGACAGAUCCUGAUAAAAUUGUUAUUAUUAUGGGAGCCACAAAUAGACCUCAAGAUAUAGACAGUGCUAUACUCAGAAGAAUGCCUGCAACAUUUAUGAUACCAAUGCCAAACAAAGUACAAAGAACAGCGAUAUUAAAAUUAAUAUUAGAAAAAGAAAAUACGGAAAAAAUUGAAUACAAUGAAUUAGGUAACAAAACAAAUGGAUUUUCCGGUUCAGAUUUACACGAAUUGUGUAGAGUGGCUUCACUUUGCAGGAUAAGGGAAUUUGCUAAAAAAUUUCAUUCAUCCGGGUCUGAGGAAAACGAAACGGAAGAAUUGAGACCGAUGAACAUGAAAGAUUUGGAAGAUGCCAUUGAAAGUAUAAAUAAUUCAAAGUUAAAUUAUUUGGCUCAAUUGAAAGACGUGAAUUUAGAUUAA